AUGGCUGAUGCACAUCUUGGAACCGAAGCUUCUGCUUCUGGCCAGACCAAAAUCACAGAGAAGCGCCGUGAAAAGGUGCCAGCACUCUCUCGUUCUGCCCGUGCCGGUCUUCAGUUCCCCGUUGGCCGUAUUCACCGUUACUUGAAAGAUCGUACCCAGAACCAUGUCCGUGUUGGCGCCAAGGCUGCGGUCUACUCUGCAGCGAUUCUGGAAUAUUUGACAGCCGAAGUGUUGGAGUUGGCAGGAAAUGCAACCAAGGAUUUGAAGGUCAAGCGUAUCACCCCUCGUCAUUUGCAGCUGGCUAUUCGUGGAGAUGAGGAGCUGGACUCAUUGAUUCGCGCAACCAUCGCAGGUGGUGGUGUUCUUCCCCAUAUUCAUAAGGCACUUUUGUCAAAGACUCAGAAGGGCCAGAAGAAGAUGGGACCCUAA